AUGGCCAGGAAGAGCAAGGCAAAGCGCAAGGCUGCCGGUAAAGCCAAGGAGUCUCUUUCGCCUCCUGCCAGCGCAGCUCCGGAAACCCCUUCGAGCCCACCCACGCCGGCGGAACCUGCCGCCGCAUCACGGACGUGGGCGCAAAUCGCAACGACAUCUCUGAGCAACGCCGAUCAAGGGAAUUCUUCCCAAAAGAAACCCGCUCCUCUUGAUGGUGAAGACAAGCCGGCCGAAGAGGGACCUGUUCGUCUCGAUGACCAAGACAAGUCGUCCGGCAAGAAACCCGAGAGUCUUGGUGAUACAGACAAACCAUCCGGAAAGGGACCAGAGAGUCACGAUGACGAGCAGGCUGUACCCCAGGGAGGAGAGUGGUCGACUGUUGUGCGCAAGGCAGCAUCGGGAAACCGAUCCGUGAGUGCUGAUCAACACGCCACAGCACAGAAACCUCUUGGCAGGAAGCCAACUCCGGGCUUUGGCCGCGGUAGAGCGAUGAGCUUGCAUGAGUUCUUGAUGAGCAGACAGGUUGGUGCUAUGCAGGGCAAAGGGGCGGCAAACAACCUGCAAACAGCGGCGGGCACUCCCAUCGGAAGCCUGCAGGUUUCGGGCACGGCCAUAGCGUCCUCCUCGAAGGCUUCCCCGGCCCCAAGCGCUCCGGAGCUAGGACCAGCACCAGUAGCUCCCUGGUAUAAACCUCCUGCUGAGAGAGGCACCUCUUUGCUGCCCAGCGAUACGCCUACAACUCUCAACCCAAACCAAAGCAAAGGUGAGGCCGGAGUCAGCUCAAGCAAACAAUCGUCCAAGCAAACCGACAACAUCCGUCACAACCUCAGAAACGUGCAAAUCUCGUCACAGAGUGUGGAUGACGGCCGGAAAUCAACAGAAUCGCCGAGCAUCGCCAAUAUGAACGCCCUGGGUAUCAUCGCUGACGGAGAUCGUCACCCAACGACGGCCUCCUCCGGCCCAGCCGCGGUUCAGCCAAAGGAUGAGGGUAGCGCAGCAGAUGAGCCGACCAAGGAGUUGACAAAGGAGCCUGUCAAAGAGUCAGUCAAGGAGCCCGUCGAAGGCGGAUCUACCACAGAUGCGAAUGGCGAGCCGAACAAGGGCAAGGAAGCCAUGAUGCGCUUUCUGGAGAAGGAGAAUGAUGCAAAGCUCUUCAACGAUCCCGUUGGUUGGGACAUUCUCCUUACUUGCAAGCAGAACCGUUGGAAGCUCCACCGUCGCAUCUUGGUUCGAGAGUCCAAGUACCUGGCCGAUCGCUUGCCUCCACCGCUCCCGGACGGGAGCCCUCGAUUCAUGUCACUUGACCUUCACGAUCCGGGCCAACUCGGAACUGCGCUGCAGUUCAUGUAUUGCGGAUUCUAUCCUGGUGCGGACCUGAACCCGGAACAGCCGCUCAACGCCCACUGCGUCCUGCACAACGUUGCCCACUACAUUGCCGGCGCUUCCAUUGCCUACAAGAACAUGAUGGACUAUGCCAUUGCUCAUCUCGACAAGGCCACCGACAUCCUCGGGGCGCUGGUCAAGAUCGACUCGCACAAUCCGGCCGUCGUCGACUUCGAGGCGAUUCUCCGCAAGUCCCUCACCAUCAUGUACGAGCAGCCGGGACAGCAGGGCGGCGAGGGCCUGACGCCAGACAACGUCCUGUACCCGCUCCGGGUGUCCAUGACGAGGAUGGUGGACGACACGGUGGUGUACUGCAUGUUCAACCCGGCCUUCGCGGCCCGGUUCGACCUUCUGUGGCGAAAGAUCGUGCCCCACAUGGUCGAGGACAACCACGUCCUUGCUCAGCGGCAAAUGCUCAAGCCGUUGACGACGGAGUCGCAGGAGGAGCUGGUGCAGAGGGCCGCUCUCCUUUCCGAUCCGGCUGUUGGCAGCGACUGA